AUGUUACUAAACAUCACUUCUUUUUUUCAUUUUGUUUACUACAUAACAAGCUUUGUCCCGGCACAAUACUGGCAUGAUCCAUUUAAAGAAAAUGUUUAUCGCAAAUACUCUCGAUUUUUAGCUGAUAUUAAUCAGGAAAAUCGAAUAAACGAAACAUACCGUGAAAAUAUGAAGAAAAUUCAACGAUUAGUAUUGGUGAAGUUUACCAACGACACCACAGUACUUCCCAGCGAAUCAUCAUGGUUUGGAUUCUAUCGACGUGGAUCAUCAACAGAUAUAAUAAAGCUACGAGAUAGUAUUCUAUACAAUGAAGACCGUUUAGGACUUAAAGUACUUGAUAAAAGAGGUGAUUUACAUCUUAUAGAAAAAACUGGUGAACAUUUAAAUUUUACUAAUCAAUGGUUUAUUGAUAAUAUUUUAAUUCGUUAUAUGAAAUAAUAUUGACCAAUAAAAAUCAAUGUUCAUCUCAAUAUUUUUUUUGUUUGUUUGUUUUUUCGUUUGUUUUUCUCCCGUAAUAUUUUUUCGCUAAACAAAUAA